CCAACCUACAGCUGCUCCAGCAGAGAUGGAGACAACAGCAUUGCGGGAAUAACCGGGACUGCGUGCCGAGUCCUUUGUUAGGCUAAAGGAAACAAAUUGACGCUGGGGGGACUUUCUUCCUAACAACCGGAGCAGCCUUCCCGAUGCCGAUGAUGUGCAGAAGAAACUCAGUUUUGCAGCUGACACUUGGCUAAAGCCUGUCAACCCCCCCUCUCUGUUUGGAGGGGAGAUCGUUCUGGAUACCUAAACGCUCCUCUGAGCCGGGUGCUUAUGCAGCGCAAACCGGAUCUCACGUCCAACCUGGAGAAAUUUUUUUGCUGCAUUCACGAUGAUUUGAGCGUGACUUCUAGGCGCUGAGUAGAGGCAUCCCUCCUGUCUCUCCCCCCCUCUCUCUCUCUCUCACGCUCUCCUCUUUUUCUUUCUCUCCCGCCUCCUCCCUCGGUCUUUCUUUCUUUCUUCCUCUUUCUCGUCGUGGGUUCAGCACAGGCUGCCCGGUAGGAAGCCCCCCUCCGGUUUUUUAAGCGCCGGUGAAGCUGAUGGCAAUGGGACGGCAGGGUUUCAGCACCUCGGAGAGCGCCAGACUUCUGCUGUGUGUGUUUGGCCUCCUGACUCGGUGUGUGGUUCUGGCGGAGCAGGAAGGGGAGAACCUGUCCGGACUGUCCGACAACCCGGACAAAGGCAUCUUCGCAGUCCGGGAGAACGGCACGACCUGCCUGAUGGUGGAGUUCGCCGUUAAACUCCUCGUGCCCUACGACGUGCUUGCACUCAACGGGAUAGACCUGAUCACCGAGCAAGCGUCCCUGUCUCUGCCCCGUGGCGCAGAGAUCGACGGGAAGUGUGGGAGCACGGAGUCGGAGAUCCACAUCUCCUGGAAGAAUAACGCCUACACCCUCCGCAUCUUCUUCUCCAAGGAGUUCCGUGACAAGGGAAUCGACGUGUGGAAGAUUAGCAAGGUCCAGUUCGUCUACGACACCUCGGAGACGUCGCAUUUCAUCAACGCAUACAACCCUGGCAGGCAUACAGCCAGCACGCACAGCCUGUCGGCCUUCGUGACCCCGGCCGGGCGCUCGUACGUGUGCGCGGCGCAGCAAACCCUCAGGCUCAUCUCCAGCGACCACCAGAAAGGCAUCACCGUGUCCAUUUACGACAUCCAGAUCCAGCCCUUCGACAUCACCUCCGACUUCAUGUUCAGCGAACCCUACAAGUGCAUCACCGACCAGAGGGAGCGUCUGGAGGAGACCCUUCCCCUUGUCCUGGGCCUCAUUUUGGGCCUUAUAAUUGUCAUCACGCUCUCUGUCUACCACUUCCACCUGAAGCUGACAGCGAACCAGCCCCAGCUCCCCCGAGAUCGCUCCAUGUACAAGAACAUGUAAAAAAAAAAAAAAAAAAGAAAAAGAAAAAAAAAGCACACCAGUGGUUCUUCUGACUCCCUCAGCUCUCUCCAAAGCCAACGUAUAAAAGGACUUGUCUCCUCGAUGUCCCAGGCCGAAACACCGCAGAGCACGGCGUCCUGUGGUGGACUGACUCCUUGAUUGAUAAAUGUGUGUAGCCUUUAGGCUCCAGCUUGAGCUUUUGAAUAGCUUAAACUGAAGUGAGACAGGAUGACUGGGUAUUAAAGAUCUUUUGGGCCUAGCAGGGAUGCAGUGGAGGGUAAACCCACCAACCCGCCAACCCACCAAAACUCAAUUUACCCACCUUUUUAUUUGUGGAGUAGAAGUUCACCCAUCUCUUAGUCUGACAUAAAUGUUUAUGGCAUACAUUCAGUCUACAUUACGGUAAAUAUGGAUCAAUUAUAUGAAGGUGAAGGUCUUUAAAUGAAAAAAGCAUAAAGUAAUGCUUUAAGAAAAUGUAACUUUUGUUUAUACUGAUUGUUGUUUGCUUUAAAACUGUUUGCUUUUCUUCUUUUUCCUUUAACCACAACAUCACUGGGGUCGAGAUCAGUUCAGCCAUUUUUACAGACACUUCACUUUGACAGAUAUUUCAGCAAUCGCAUAAGCUUGUGCUCUCAUUUGCCAGCAGGUUUUUGUCCCUUUCUUUCCUCCUCCUCUCCUUGAAAUUGCUGCUAAAUAAUUUCAAUAACUAUCGGUGGUUCAGUAUGUGUUGUUUCUUUUUUGUUGUCCGCAGAAUCCCUUUUCUUCUUUUUGUUUUUGAAUGCAGUCAUAGUGUUGACAGUGGACAGUCUUGUGGUGUGUGCAGGUGUUUUCAGUGGCACUCAGAAUCGUACAAAUCGCAGUGUAUUUGCUUUGACAAAUCUGUUUUCCACAACCAAGUUUAUGGAACAUAUAAAAAAAAAAAAAAAUACACACAAUACGCACAAUACAUAAAUGCAUAAACACCUGACAUGAAAAGUCCCUGUGAUAAAUAGCAAAGAAUUUAUCU